UUCUCCAGGCCCUCUGAAAUUGACCACAGAAAAGAAUUAAGCACAGAAAGGUGUCAUUAUCAGUCUCCUAAUGAGUUUCAGUGGUAGCUCAGUGUUAUAAAUAACGCAGUGUGGUCGUGGGACGCCGCUCUUGGUUGAAGUUUCACUGCGUCACGCCUCAUCGGUCUGCGAGAAUGCAAAGUGAGAACCGUGCCACCUGACAAUGUGGACAAACUGCAAUCGUGACAUUGCUGAGCUCACAGGGAUGCACACACGCCUUUUUGACGCUAAUAUUCCCACCUGCACAGCUCAGUCUCAUACAGAGCACUCCGACUGACAACUGCUAGCGACUUGCAUCAACUCACUAUUGGACCUUUGCGUUUCCUUCUUUAGGAAGAAACUGGAAGCAAGUUCUUAAUUCCAGAAUCAAGAGGGGUAAAAGCACAUUGUCAUGAUGGCUGAUCAUGGAGAACCUUGCGUAGCCCUGGAAGCCUCCUACUGCCUGAACGGAGGAACCUGCUUCAGGAUCCCCUCUGUGUCCACACCCAACUGUGUCUGCGCCGCCAACUUCAAGGGCAGCAGGUGCGACGAACUGCAGCUCCCCAGCAGCUCCCCGGACGCCCAGGGGGCGGGGCUCAUCGCCGCCAUCGUCAUCGUGGCGCUCCUCAUUCUGAUGGUCCUCGCCGUCGUCAUCUACUAUACAUGCAAGAAGUGGAGACAAAAACCCAAGGAACCCCAGAACAGUCACCAGUACUGGAAAGUUGCACGCCGGGUAUAAGGUUAGAAUUUUAAGGGAGGGGGGAUAUCCUUUUUUGGGGACGCGCAGGCAGAACUGAGCCCCUUGUGUCAGUUCGGAUGCUGCCAACGAUGCGGCCAUGAGGAACUGUCCCCUCUAAACUGAAAAGCAUGACGCGGCAAGGAAAUCCAACAGCCUUGCCCCAUCUCCACCUCAGUGAUCCACAUACAUCAGCUUCAGGCCUGACCACACCCAGCCUCAGGCCAGACCACCCCCCCAACCUCAGGCCAGACCACACCCAGGAACUCUGCUUCCAACAGCACCAGAGAAGAACCAACAUGUCAGUCAUUCCGGAGAGGCGGAGCCAAAAGAGUUUCAUCUGGUACCCAAAUUCCAAAGUCUGUGGAGUGAGCAUACGGUCUUUCUGUGGUUCUGUGUAGGUCACCUUUUCUUGUUAAAAUGUUUAAUAGACCUGAGAGAGAAAAAACAUUUCAAAUAGCCUGUCAUCUCGUGUACAUAGAAAUGUAAUCAUGGAAUUUUUACCCACAUGAAAAUGUUGCAAAUGCUCAUGUUUGCCGUUAAAUCAGAUGUAAGAUAAAUGGUCCGGCAGGGUUGUUGGCGGAUGUAGAAUGUGGUUGCAGUGGAACCGUUCAUCUUUCAUGUCUGAUGGAAUGCAGGAAGCCGAAUAACAGCACGUGUAAAGUGUAGAUAAACAUUUCCUCAUAUUUAUAGUUCCUAUCCCUAAUGUGGACCUCGAUGUACCUUUUUUCUUGAGAGUUAGACACAGAAUGUACAGCCCUGUCCGUGACACGUCCCUUUCAGUCUUGAGUUGCCUUUCAAUUGAGACACGGUAGAGGGACUAUUAAUAGAAAUCAAAGAAAAAAAUGUCUUUUCUUGGACACAGUUCAAAUACUUUUCUGACACUUGAGAUUAUUAAAUAAACACGGAUUUCCUGCUUAGGGUGACCUUUGAAAUCAUUCCAGAGACGAGUCAUGUUGAUAUUACGUAAAGACACACAUGUAAGAUUAAAAGGAAGCCACUGCAAAGAAAACACUUUUGUACAAAAGAAAAUAAAAAAGGAUGUGCAUUUUAAA